AUGGCACUGGCUGCCACAGCCACCGCGGCGGGGUCCGCAUUCUCCAUGAUGGCCGCGCCUCAGGUUUCACAGUCCCGCGUUGUGGCCUUGGCAUCGGGCCCCAGCCCGGCAGCACCAAGUGGAGCGGGAGUUGCAGGCGUCACUGGCCUGGUGGGUGCAGGCCUGGUAGCCAGCGCUGCGCUCAGCCGCUCUGCGAAGCCACGGAGUGGCAAGAAGAACCUGGUGUCCAUGGCUGCCCGCGGAGGUGAGAGCUCUGAUGCUCUGGUGAAAGACCUGGAGGCCCUUGUCAAGGAGAAGGACUGCGGGGCAAUCCUGGUGCGACUGUCCUGGCAUGAUGCCGGCGUCUUCUCUGAUGGCAAGCUGAAGGGUGGCUGCCCCAAUGCUGCCAUGCGCUUCACAGAUGGCGGAGAGGGUACCUUUGGAGCCAAUGCCGGCCUUCCCGACGUUGCCCUGGGACUGCUGAAGCCUAUCACCGAGAAGUACGUUCCUGACACGAUCGGACAUGCUGAUCUGUGGACCUUGGCUGCCAACGUGGCAAUCAAGGUCAUGGGAGGCCCAGACAUCAAGACCCGCUUCGGCCGAAAGGAUGCGGAAUCCUCCGCCGACUCUGUGGAAUCCCAGGUAGGCCGUCUCCCAGAUGGUGACAAAGAGAUCGACCACCUCAGAGAAAUUUUCCACCCCAAGGGCUUCACCGAUAAGGACAUCGUGGCCCUGUCGGGCGCGCACACUGUCGGGUCCUGCCAUUUGGACCGCUCCGGCUUCGACGGCCCAUGGACGGAGGCCCCCUUGAAGUUCGACAACUCCUACUUCAAGGAGAUGCUGGCGAAGAAGUACGCCGAGGACACGACAGAGAAGGGCAAUCCUCAGUUCAAGGACAGCGAGACUGGCACCAUCAUGCUCAUCUCCGAUCUGGCCUUGCUGAAGGACCCCGCUUUCAAGGAGCACGUCGAGAAGUACGCGGCCGACCAGGAUGCAUACUUCAAGGACUUCACCGCUGCGUGGGUCAAGCUGCAGGAGCUGGGCUGCUCGGGUCUGCGGGACAGCCUUUGCCACUUGGCCGCAGGGCAUUACCACGAGGAACCGUUUCGCGUGGAUUUUGACCGUCUCUUCUCACCUUGUGGUGAGCCGAAGGACCUCUUGCAAAGUGCACAAGCCCACUUCUUAACCUUUGCCGCGCCUCAUGAAGACCAGGUUGGCGCAGCAGCAGUGUGCACCAGCCCCAAUGACUUUGGCCGGUCUCCAGUUGGCAUCUCUGCGACGCUGCAGAGCGAUGGAAGAGGGAAGGUGACAAUUCAAGUCCUCUGUGGUGAGGAUGCUGCCAUGGCCGCAGCAAGGGCCGCGACUACGCGGAAGAAUGUGAACAUGUUUUGCACCGUGUGUUUUUUGCAGUGCCCUCGGCUCAUCGUCAGGAAGACCGGCGCAACUAGUGGUGAGGCGGUGCUCGCCUGCGCACGAAGCUUGUUCGAGCAGCUAGAGAAAGAGGCCGAAACCGGCCAGAUCGGGUACAUUGCCCCGCAAAUGCUGGAUGAGGGGACACCACAGGAGCGAUUCCGGCUCUUGAAGACGGGCGGCCAGUUCAGCCGCAGAGCCGCAGAGCACGGCCGUCGGGAAGAGUUUGCCGAGGCAAUAGCAGAUCUCCUGCGCGCGCUCCUGCGCCCGAACCUUGACGAGACUGCGAGAGAGAAGCUAAUGAGGACAAUGAUAGACUUCUUGAAGAAGGCAGAGAAAAAGAGGUCGAGCUCAUCAGCAGACGGCGAUCUUUCUGAGCUUUUCGAAGCACUGGGGAUGGAAGACGAUGGCAAGGACAAUGCAGACCUUGAUCGGGCCGCCCUGAAGAGGACCUACCGGGAGCUCUCGAAAAAGGAGCACCCGGACAAGAACCCGGAGUCGGCCGAGCGCUUCAACAUGAUCAGGGAUGCUUACGAGAUCCUCAGUGAUCCCGUGAAGAUGCUCCUGUACGACACAGGCGGCAUGGAUUUGAUCAAGAAGUACGAGAAAGACGGCGACGGCGAGAUUGAGCGCGUGGAUAACUACGAGGUUACCCACGACAUCACCUUGGAGGAAGCGUACCAAGGGGGUGAAAAGGAGAUCUUGGUGAACCGCAGAGUCGUUUGCAGGUCUUGCCGCAUGCGACCGGAUCUCCAGCGCUGCCGGAAAUGUCAGGCCUGCCCUGGCGAGCGUCGGCAGCGCCAGGUCUGGAUGGAUCAGUGGCACUAUCGCGUCGAGGAGUUCGAGGUUCCCAGUGACGAGAAGUGCACCUGGGACCGACAGAAGCUGAAGAUGCAGAUCGAGCGUGGAACCAUGUUUGGGGAUCGUGCGCACUUCCCCCACAUGGGGAGUCAGCUGCCCAAGCACAUCCCAGGCGAUGCUCUUGUAACCCUGCGCGUCAAGAAGCACCCUGUUUUCAAGCGUCUCGGUGAUGACCUCAUGGUCGAUGUGCGUAUCAGCCUGUAUGAGGCUCUGCUGGGCUUCAAGCGUGAGCUCGCCCACUUGGACGGUCACAUCGUGCACUUCAGCAUGCCGCGGGGAGAUGUGCUGAAACCUGGCGCAGCCCUGGAAAUCCAGGGUGAGGGCAUGCCCCACAAGGAGGACCCGACCUCUGCUGGGAAGCUUGUCAUCCGCUUCCAAAUCGAUUUCCCGCAGCAGAUCAGCGCAGAAGCAGGGGAUGCGCUGGAGGCUGCCCUGGGACGCCUGCCCGGGCAACAGUCGCGAGACGUGCGCUUGAAUCAGGGCAAGGCCACGGGCCGCAACGAGCUCUGA